AUGGAUGACGCAGUGCAAAUCAGCGAACAAGCGUUCCGGAACGUCUACGAGGACAGCUUCACGUCGUGGUACAGAACCUACGAGGCCGCCAUCCGGAACCCAGACUUGGAGCUUCUGGCCCCGUACCUCUGGCUCGACACGGCCUUCCGGCACUUCCCACCAUUACUGAACGGGUUGCGCAUUCAGCACAGCCUCGACAGAAUACACAACCAAGCAUACGCGACCGGGAUCACGACAUGGUACUCAACGAGGGCAUGCGCUCAUGGGUUUGAACCAUUUGUACUGCACCCCCGCUUCGAGAUUGGCACCCGGCAUCCCUUCCCGCUACGUGGGUCAUGGUUUGCUCGGGGUGACCAGAAUUACAUUUCCGUCCUUAUUCUGGCCUGGUCGUAUCUCUUGUCCAAUCGAUGGUGCGAACUCAUGGGGCAGCCACAUUCCCGUCGGCGGCCGUGGGGAUGGGAGGCGAUGCACCAGAGGCCGUGCUGCACCCUCCGCUACCUUGGGUGCAGGGCGCCCGAAGAUGUCAAAGAGACUCCGGGAGCGCCAAGGGGGGUAACGGUUGAUAUUGGCGAUGCAAGCGCAAAAGAAGCCCGAUGGUGGGCCGCCAUUCUCGCACCGGGCCGCGGUUGGCAGGCAGGCAUGACUUUGGGAGAAGACUCGACGUUUUGGUCUCCCUGGUCUUUUCGCCUGCAAGCCGGUCCUCGAUUCACCAUAUCACUCCAGGAGAAGCCACCACGCCAGCCGGUGUUAUUACAGCAGCGGAAGCCUCGAAGCCGCUCGAGGCGCCUGGAGAGUGCUCCCACGUUUUCCGAAGCCCUCGGUUACCUCAACAACUUCUGCGUCCGCCACGGAAUCUUGGACCAGAGCCAUGCCGCGCUUGCUGCCGUCCUCCUCCUGCCAGCCAUGAAGGACCUGGUUAGCGAAAUAAAACUGCCAGCUGUCGUGGUCAAUAACCAGCCACCGCCGCCAGUCUCUUGGGUACCAGCUCUCUCUUCCGCCGAGCCGCGUUGGCCAUUGGCAUCAUGCGAACAUCUCGACGAACUUAUGGCCGUGAGUUGCUACUCUGCGGGCAUAAUUCCCAUGCUCCUCAACGUCUUCUACAACCCAGAGAUAAAGAGCAACGCAGUCACGCCUUGGCUCCAAGGCGCUCUGGCAGUAAUCAAGACCCAUGCGGCCAAUGCGCCCCUCGUCGUCUGCCGCAUGCUCAUGGAGCGACAGCCGGGGGUUGCCUUCCUUUGGUUUGGGGUCACUGUCCUGGGGCUACAGGAAUGGCUUCUGCACCAUGCUCGACUUGGCUGGAUACCCAUUGAUCUCGUGUCUGCAGGAUGGUCCAGGACACUGCAGUCUUUCGUCCAGCAGCCUGUAUCGACGCCGCUUGACGUGAAUGAGGAGAUCAGCCGCGCAGACCAGGGUCGGCUGCUGUUCAUGUCGACUUCUCCAAAAUAUCAGUCGGCACCCAGCUGCCCUUGGAAGCCCUUUGGCGAGAAUCCAGGCGUCGAGACAGAUAUGCACGUACAGCAUCAUGGUCAGUGCAACGGCCAUGAACUACAGUGUCGCUCGUUCCAGUGGGACACUGACCGCGGCAAGCUCAUGUUCUGGACCGGCGACCUUGCAGAUUGUAGCUACGCCAUCCCCGGUCGUGCGCUGUUGGAUGACGCGGCAGUUCCGACACAGGUUCCCGUCGAUUAUCGGGGGAUGCGCCGCGAAGACGAACUUGCUUCUCAGGUUGCAACCAGAAGCAUCUUUGAUUGGCUGCGCAUGCACGGGAAUACACCCGGAGAAUCGGCGAUUUGGCGGCAUAAGUGGUUCAGGAACGACGAUGAUUCUGACGACGACUGGACCGUUUUGAAAUCGGACAGCGGGGAUGACGAGAACGGCGACGGCUGGGGGGAGAUGCCGAAACUGGGUGAAUAUGGGCCGUCUACUGGAAACGGCGGGUCUUAGCUGUUCUUUUUUGAAAGACACCUUGGCACGCAUCACUUACCUUGGGGUCACACGUUCCUUGCAUGUUCUUUUCCCGGAGACUCAGCACUGCCCACAAACACCACCAGCACAGCUGCAUAUCUAUUUCCUUACGAAUCAGCAAAACUACCUCGACAGACGGGAGUACACGGGAGGGGACAUCUAGAGACUUACGCCGCGGUCGCGGCAAACAGUUCAACCCGCCUAGAGUUGGUCAUGAGGGCGACUGACACCGCGGAGAUGGUGGGUGGCGAACAAAUGUAUCAUGACAAGUUUUAGUGCUGCAUCCUCAACAUAAUACAAGGCAAAGAUUACUCCAACCAAGAGAUUGGU